AUGUUGUCGCAACCUCAACAAGACAUCAACGCUCUGUUGUACAACAUGCAUGCACAGAUCCUGGCAUUGACCACGCAACUCACCAAGCUGCAGGCGAAUCCCCCUGUGGCAACCCCCUCGGUAGAGAAAAAGUUCAAUAAGAAAGUCGAAGUCGUCGCUGACCCUGGCGCCUUCAAAGGAGACAGAGCGAGAUUUGCCGAGUGGUGGAUCAAGCUCCAAAUCUGGGUUAAAGUAAACUGGGUUGCAUUUGCCGACGACUUUGAAGUGGCAACGGCAGAAUGCUACACCGCGGGAGUGUGGCCCACCUGGGACGAUCUGAAGGUAGAGAUCGAAAGAUAUUUCAAACCGCAAGCUGAGCAUGACUGGGCGCAUCAGCAAAUCUGCCCCCCCAAACAAGGCAACAUGAGGACAGAUGAUUUUGUAACCCGGUUCCUGGCCCUCUCCAUCCAAGGGGGUCUUGGUAAAGAACAUGCAGUGGAGCUGCUGGAACGCAAUAUGAACCCCCACAUUGCAGAACAGCUUUACCUGCAGGAUACAAGAAGUGAGAAUCUCUCUGAAGCAGCGGAGGAGGAGGGGCACAUAGCCCAAAAGUGUCCAAAUGGAGCGCAGGCCACUCAACAAAAAAAUAACCAAGGGCUUCAGGCACGCCAAUUAGAAACGGAAAAACCGGACAAUCGGCUCAAUACUCUGGCCGGUUGUUCUUACAACGAGAUCCGGGCCUUCUUUUACGACCAGCAGGUCGCUGAGAUGAAGGCUCAGGGAAAAGAGUUUGGAGUGUAG